AUGCCCCCCCAAGUAGAGCCACCGGCGCCGGCGCCGUCGCCGGCAUCGGCGAAGUAUGAUCCAGCGGCCACCGCCACCACCAUCACUUCCAUCACCGACGACCUCCUCCGCGAGAUCCUCGUCCGCCUCCCCUCCCUCCCGAGCCUCGUCCGCGCCGCCCUCGCCUGCCGCACCUUCCUCCGCGCCGUCCGUUUGCCCGCCUUCCGCCGCCGCUUCCGGGCGCUCCACCCGCCACAACUCCUUGGCUACUUCACCGACCCCUGCCGCACCGCCUUCCCUGCCUUCAUCCCCUUCCGAAGCCGCUCCGACCCCGACCUCGCCGCUGCUGUCCGCGGCUCCGAUUUCUUCUUCACCCGCCUAUCGGAGGACGGUGACGACAGUAGGUGGGCGUUCAACGGCUGCUGCUCCGGCUACGUCUUCCUCCACAACGAGAACACCGACCAGAUCGCUGCUUACAACCCCCUCACGCAGGUGCUGCAUAUCUUCCCCUACCCGCCUCAGGAGGCCUGCGACCCCUACUAUCUUGAUUUCCGCAUCAUCUUCUCGGAAGAGGACCGGAGGUUGUUCCGUGUGGUAUGUGUUCGUCGCCGGAGGCGGCGGCGGAGGACGCUGGCCCGCUUCUCUGUCUUCUCAUCGGACAGCAGGGAGUGGCAGUGUUUCUCGUGGGUGGACACCUCGAUGCCGCAGCCUGGGGAUGAUAAGUCCACUGCUAUGCCGCUGAAUGAAUUUGAUAGAUUAGUUUACUGGAAACACUUUAGUCAACCAUAUAUAAUCGUCCUCGACACUGGGACGCUGCAGUUAUCUCGAAUGGAUUUGCCGCCACCCUUGCAAGAUAUGGGCUCCACGGAAUUUAAGCUUGGCCAGACCAAGGAUGGGAGGCUAUCUUUGGUUUUCAUAGAUCACCUUCUUGCAAGCAAAGGAAUGCUCGCUGUUUGGUUUCGGAGAGCCGAUGGUGACGGCGUUGAGAAAUGGAUGCUGCACAAGAUUUUCGCACUGAGUGAAUUUGUUGAUUUCUCUAUGUGUUCAGAAGAGUAUCAUGAUGUCAUUGUGCAUCCUGCGGAGGUCAUAGGUGAUUUUCUGUACCUGUAUCUUUGUUAUGAUGGGUAUACCAAGUGCUGCUGCCUAUCCUUGUGCCUGGAAACAGACAAGGUUAACAAGUUCUUUGAUCAUAGUGUCCAUCCCUACAUCAUGGCGUGGCCACCUUCUUUGGUAUGCAACAAGGAGGAUUUGGAAACCAAAGUUACUUGA